AUAGCCAUAAUGACACUAUUCUAUAAAAACCUGUCAAUGUCAAUUUGUGAAAACAAAGAAAAUCCUCGAAUUCACGAAUAUUCGGUCGAUAAAAUCUGCAUGGAAAAGAAAGUUUUAUUGGAAAACUAUCACAGGAGGUUACUAGCCGAAGUUCAAAACUGUGAGCUACUAACAACCAUGAAUAAAGAAACUAUAGUUAGCAGCAGACCGGAUCGAGAGAUUCGGAAAACUGUAGUGAGGCCGGGAGACUAUACCAUGGUACCAUACGAGGAUUCGCGUUGUAAGAUCAGACUUUGCAAUGUGAAGUGUGAAAAUAAAUCCGGGCCGUGUGAAAUUGAUCCAGAAUGUCGUAUACUCAACUCUCCGUUUGAUGGGAACGUAAUAAUCGGUGAUAUGGAUUCGUUUAUUGACAAAGAUUUCGAGCUCGUUCUACAGCAGAUGUGCUUAGGAGAAGUUUGUGACGCGCGUUUCAUAUACAGGAAUGUGUUCGGAGAUCUAAUGCAGGAGAUUUCCUGUAGGGUAGAGUUGGUGGACUUGACAGAGGAGCAGUUAAUAAGUGACUGGAGCUGGGCGAGGUUAUUCGAGUCUGCAGUACAUCAUAAGGAACGGGGAGUGCAACUCGUGAAGGAUAAGAGGAUAGUGGAUGGGUUCCGAAGGUUCUCCAAGGCUCUGAAGAUGUUGGUGGCCAUUGAGCCCGUGGACAGGGUGACGGUUGAUGAAGAGAGAAUUAAAGAGCUGAUUAAUAUGAGGGUAAAGUUAUUCAACAACAUGGCUCACUGCCAACUUCAAUUUGAAGAGUAUGGUGCAUGUUUGGACUUAUGUAGCAGAGCCUUGACUCUAGACCCAGACAAUAUCAAGUCCUUAUACAGGCGCAGCAUUGCCUACAUGGGUCUCUUCAUGUAUGAAGAGGCCUGGGGUGACAUACAGCGGGCAUUGGAGAUAGACCCUAUGGAUAAGGCCUCCAUAGCUAAGGCCAAAGAAUUGAGCAUGGAAGACCUAAAAUCCGGGCGUGGUAUACAAGUGGUGACUCCUGGGCCGGAGCACACGUUUGUGCUGGACGAGGAGGAGCUGGAGUCGCUGCUGUUACGAGACGACGUCAAGGACUGCUCCAUCGUCGUCAUCUCCGUGGCGGGAGCCUUCAGGAAGGGCAAGUCCUUCUUGCUGGACUUCUUCCUCCGGUAUAUGCACCACAGGUAUAAUCUAGGCGGCAGCGGCGACUGGCUGGGCAGCGAGGACGAGCCGCUGCAGGGCUUCGGCUGGCGCGGGGGCUCCGAGCGCGACACCACCGGCCUGCUGCUGUGGUCACAACCCUUCAAAACUACCCUGGAAAAUGGCGAAAAGGUAGUGGUUUACCUGAUGGACACGCAAGGCACGUUCGAUAGCGAGUCCACGGUGCGCGACAACGCCACGGUGUUCGCGCUGUCCACCAUGCUGUCGUCCGUGCAGAUCUACAACCUUUCGCAGAACAUCGAGGAGGACGACUUGCAGCACUUACAGCUGUUCACGGACUACGGUCGCCUCGCACAAGAGACCAGCGGGGGCAAGCCGUUCCAGAGGCUGCAGCUGCUGGUGCGCGACUGGAGCUUCCCCUACGAGCACGCGUAUGGCGUGGAGGGAGGACAGGAACUGCUCACCAAGAGACUCACGGUGCACGAAGGUCAGCACCACGAGCUGCAGUCGCUGAGGAAGCACAUCGCGAGCUGCUUCGAGGAGCUGGCCUGCUUCCUCAUGCCGCACCCUGGCCUGAACGUCGCCACUAAUCCAGAAUUUAAUGGCAAACUCUCUGACAUAGGCCAAGAUUUCAAGAUAGCCCUGAAACAGUUCGUGCCGAUGCUCCUCGCGCCGGAGAACUUGAUCCCCAAGAGGAUCGGCGGCCAGCAGCUCAAGUCCAGGGACUUGUUGCUGUACUUCAGGUCUUACAUGAACAUUUUCAAUGGAACCAGUUUGCCGGAACCUAAAACUAUUUUAGAGGCAACCGCAGAAGCGAACAACCUCUCAGCAGUGGCUGAAGCUAAGGAGGUGUACGAGACCCUGAUGGAGGAGGUCGCAGGAGGCGCCAAGCCGUAUCUGCAGCCACAACUCUUGGAGGAAGAGCAUCGAAGAGCGAGGGACAAGGCCCUACACAGCUUCCACUCUAAGAAGAAGAUGGGCGGAGACAGUUUAUCAGCCACGUAUAGCAUUAAGUUAACCAAGGAGCUAGAAGAGCAAUAUGAGCAGUACAGGCUUCACAACGAAGACAAGAACCUCCUCCGCAAGCUGGGCACGGCGGCCGUGCUGGGCGCGCUGGCUCUGGCCUGCUACCUGGUCUCCAUACUGGCGGGAGUGCUGGGGCUGCAGACCUUCGCGAUGCUGGGGCAGACGGCGGCGCUGGCCUGCUUGGGCAUGCUGUUUGUGUGGGCUUACUCUCGAGCAACUGGCAACAUGCGUGAACUAGGCUCGCAAAUGGACCAAAUAGCGGAUACUGUGAUGGAACUGGCAGGCCAAUACGCGGGUAAACAAGCAGCGGCCGUGGCGAUGAGCUAUAGUGCAGAGAAAACGAACUACAGCGCGGACAAAAAGCAAUCGUAGCACCCUAUACUUAAGACUCAUGUUACCUUGUACGAUGCCCUCCGUGUUGUCUCAAUGUGCUUUACAAUAAUAAACUGUAUUUAAUUAGGCAUAAUGAUAUAGUUAAGAUUUAUACAAGACUAAUAAAAGCCCAUUACUUCGCCCGCGUUCCAGAAUUGUUAAUAAAUUA